GCCCGUGUGUGCCGGUGUUUGCCGCAGUCUAUCGGUUUGCGUUGUGUGUCUCAUGCAUCUGUUGUUCAGCGGUGGCACCAUGGUCUUCAGGAAGGAAAUUGCUCUCACCUGCGUCGCGGCUGCUUUAGUGGCUGUGCUACAGUUGUCUGCCGCCGCCGCUCCUACUUGCUCAUCGGAUUCUGACUGCUCCGGCGGUCAGCGAUGCGUCGAGCACUUCAACAUGUCGGUGAACUCUAACUGCGACAGCUACAAAUACUGUAUUGACGUGUCGGAUACAUCCUGCUCCUGCUCUGAUGGCUACACCUGCCGCCUGAUGGAUUGUCCACGUUCUCCGUAUGAAUGUCUCUAUUUAGAAGAUACCACUCACCGAUGCGGUGCAUCAAACGCUCCAGUGUGCAAAGGAGAUGAGACUUGCGCCUACGUCUUCAAUCUAGUUUUUUGCUACAAGUGCCCCUGCUACGGACAGUUCAACGUCACCUGUCUGAAGGAGAGCAGCCAGUACCCGGCCUGCGGACCAAACAGCAUCGCCACGCUCUACGGCACUGAAUACACAUGCGAUGGCUGCCGGUCGGCUAGUACCGUGCUUGUUGCACCCAACUGACCACAUGAGUGCUGCCUCCAACAGCCAACCUCUGUGAUGAACAUUGACAUGCGGAAAGUGUAGGCCUGCUUCGUUUCAGCAGUACCAAUACAUGAACGUUAUAUUGUGUUCUUUAAUAAAGCAAUGAGUUCAUUGAAGUUUGCCAAUUCUCCGCAAAAAAAAAAAA